UUGAUGUAAAAUUCUCCCUUCCUCUAAUAAAAAUGAUCCUGUGUUUGUGCAGAGUUCUGUGACGAUCAACCAGAUCAGUCUGGAUGAGAGUGGAGAGCACAUGGGCAUCUGCUCUGAGGAUGGGAAGGUUCAAGUGUUCGGCCUUUACACGAGAGAGGGCUUCCAUGAUAACUUCGACUGUCCCAUCAAAGCAGUUGCAUUACACCCUCAAUUCAGCAGAUCAAACUGCAAACAGUUUGUCACAGGGGGUAACAAGCUGCUUCUGUAUGAAAGGAACUGGUUGAAUCGCUGGAAGAAGCUGGUUUUACAUGAAGGUGAGGGGACGAUCACUAAUGUCCAGUGGAGAGCCAACCUGAUCGUGUGGGCCAACAACCUGGGAGUAAAAAUCUAUGACAUGACCACAAAGCAACGGAUCUCCAACGUGUUGAGGGAUAACGUUAGCCUGAGGCCUGACAUGUACCCAUGCAGUCUGUGUUGGAAAGACGACACCACGCUCAUUGUCGGCUGGGGUACCUCCAUUAAGAUUUGUGUUGUGAAAGAAAGAAAUCCUACAGAAAUAAGAGAUCUGCCUAGCCGCUAUGUGGAAAUAGUUUCUGCAUUUGAGACGGAGUUUUUCAUCUGUGGCUUGGCACCGCUGGUCGAUCAGCUCGUCACUCUGUUCUUUGUGAAUGAGAACUCGGAUCAGGAUGAGGAGUUUGAAGCACGGCCUCGUCUCGACAUCAUCCAGCCUCUCCCCGAGAGCUUCGAGGAGAUCUCCUCAGACGCUCUGACUGUUCGCUUCUUCCGAGAAAAUAAAUGUAGAGACUACCGCCUCGAGCAUUCGGAGGGAGAGUCGCUGUUCUACAUCAUCAGUCCCAAAGACAUCGUCGUGGCCAAAGAGCGAGACCAGGAUGACCAUAUCGACUGGCUGCUUGAAAAGAAGAAAUAUGAGGAGGCGCUGAUGGCUGCAGAGAUCAGCUUCAAAAACAUCAAGAGACACGACGUUCAGAAAAUUGGAAUGGCUUACAUCAAUCACUUGGUGGAGUACGGAGACUACGACACUGCUGCAAGGAAAUGUCAGAAAGUCCUGGGAAAAAACAUGGAGCUGUGGGAGAAUGAAGUUUACAGAUUUAAGACCAUUGGGCAGCUGAAGGCCAUCAGUCAGUAUUUACCAAGAGGAGAUCUGCGUCUCAGACCGGCCAUCUAUGAAAUGAUCCUGCAUGAAUUUCUAAAAACUGACUAUGAGGGUUUUGCCACACUGAUCCGGGAGUGGCCGGGAGAGCUUUACAACAACAUGGCCAUUGUUCAGGCCGUCAGUGAUCACCUGAAGAAAGAUCCCACCAACAGCACGCUCCUCACCACGCUGGCUGAGCUGUACACCUAUGAUCAGAGGUACGACAGAGCCUUAGAAAUCUACCUGAGACUGAGACAUAAAGACGUCUACCAGCUGAUCCACAAACACAACCUGUUCUCCUCCAUAGAGGACAAGAUCGUCCUCCUGAUGGACUUUGAUAAAGAGAAAGCUGUUGACAUGCUUCUCGAUAACGAAGACAAGAUAUCUAUCGACAGGGUGGUGGAGGAACUAAAUGGCAGGCCUGAGCUGCUGCAUGUGUACCUCCAUAAACUAUUUAAACGAGAUCACCACAAAGGCCAGAAGUACCACGAGAGACAGAUUGGUCUUUAUGCUGAAUAUGACCGUCCAAACCUCCUGCCUUUCCUGAGGGAUAGCACUCACUGCCCUCUUGAAAAGGCUCUUGAGAUAUGUCAGCAGAGGAACUUUGUGGAAGAGACCGUCUUUCUGCUCAGCAGGAUGGGAAACUGCAGACGAGCCCUGCAGAUGAUCAUGGAGGAGCUGGAGGACGUGGAUAAGGCCAUCGAGUUUGCUAAAGAGCAAGAUGACGCAGAGCUCUGGGAGGAUCUCAUCUCUUACUCCAUCGAUAAGCCACCGUUUAUUACGGGGCUCCUUAAUAAUAUUGGCACUCACGUUGAUCCCAUUCUCCUCAUCAAACGCAUAAAAGAAGGCAUGGAGAUCCCAAACCUCAGAGAUUCACUGGUGAAAAUCCUCCAUGACUACAACCUACAGAUUCUUUUGAGGGAAGGAUGCAAGAAGAUCUUGGUGGCGGACUCACUUUCUCUGCUCCAAAAGAUGCAGCGAACGCAGAUGAGAGGAGUCAGAGUCGAUGAAGGAAACAUUUGUGAGUCAUGUCAUGGCACAAUCUUACCCUCAGAUAUGGCUCAGCCUUUCUCUGUGGUAGUGUUUCACUGCAGACACAUGUUUCACAAGGAGUGUUUGCCGUCUUCAGGAGCAAUACCUGGAAUGCAAUUUUGUAACAUCUGCAGCGCGAAGAAGCGAGGACCUGGGAGUGGAAUACUUGAGAUGAAAAAAUAAUUAUAUGUGCUCUAAACAUUAUUAAAAUUUUAGUUUAUUUUAUGUUUGUUUUUUUUUACUCCUCAGUGCACCCAAUAAUAAAAAUCUCAUUCCCUCGGGUACUGAACUGUGCACGUGCAAAAAUGCUAAAUAUUUCUCCAGGACUGUUUCUGUAUAUUUAACUGUAACAUGCUGUGCCUUGUUUCG